AUGCUAUUGCACUAUGGUGAGAAAACGCAAACAUGUGAAAUAUGUAAUAAGUCAUUUAGUUAUAAAUAUAAUCUAUAUAAACAUAUUAAAUCAGUUCAUCUCCAAGAGAAGAGAUUUAAAUGUGAAAUAUGCGAGAAAUCAUUUUCUCGUAGUCAUCAUCUGAAAUAUCAUAUGUCAAUACAUACUGGUGAAAAAGACUAUAAGUGCGACAUAUGUGAAAAAUCGUUUUCGCUGAAGCAAAGCCUCACAAAACAUAUGAUAAUGCACUCUGGUGAGAAAACGCAAACAUGUAAAAUAUGUAAUAAGUCAUUUGGACUAAAAAGUACUCUUCAAAAUCAUAUGACAGGUAUACACACUGGUGAGAAAAAAUAUGCAUGUGAAAUGUGUGAUAAAUCAUUUUCUUUUAAAGGUUACUUAAAGAGACAUAUGAAAAUACAUACUGGCGAGAAACAUCAUGCAUGCGGAAUAUGUGAAAAGUCAUUUUCUCGUAAAGAUGCUCUUGAUGGGCAUAUGACAAUACACACUGGUGAAAAGAAAUAUUCUUGUGAAAUAUGUGGUAAAUCAUUUUCCUUCAGAAGUAACCUUAGAUCACAUAUGAAAAUACAUAAUGGUGAUAGAAAGUAUCAUUGUGAAAUCUGUGAAAAGUCAUUUGUUCAAAAUAGCAAUCUCAAAAGACAUAUGAAAAUACAUACUGGUGAAAAGGAGCAUCACUGUGAAAUUUGUGAUAAAUCAUUUGCUGAUAAAAGUUAUGUUAAAGUACAUAUGAAAGUACACACUAAUACUAAAACCAUGUAAAUGUUAUGGAUUAUUUGCAAGAAUUGCCUUUUACGCCACCCCCCUCCCCCCCCCCCCACACACCAAAACGUAUAGAUGUCAUUCGUGCAUAAAUACAUGUAGAGUGUUCUCUUUAGACAUAGUCAUAUUUGAUAAACAAACUGACGUUAGAUGUGUGAUGUAAUAUUCAGAAUAUUUUUUCAAGGGGACAUCUCAAGACACAUUUUAUAACGCACCCUGAUAAAAUAAGCAGCAAGCUGUGUUGACAAUAUAAAUGAAUCAUUUGUUCGUAUAGAAUAUCUCAAUAACUAAUGAUAAGCCCAAUAAAUAGAAGGAGAGAGGUUUAAUUUGCGAGUAGUGAAAUAUC